GUUGUCGCCUAGUUCUUACCUUUUUUUUGUACUUAUCAACACAUUUCGAUGGUUUUCUCCAUCAACACUAAGCUUGUUAAAUUUAGUUGUUUAUUUUUUCUCGCUGCUUCGUGAUUUCGAUCGUUUGAGCGCUUGUUUAGUUAAUAUCCCUCGUCAUCAGGAUGAAGCUCACAGGAUGAAGAACCCCAAGAGCUGUAACCAGCACAUUAGCUAUGCUAUAGCAGUGCAGCCGGCCGCUAGAUGACGCGAACCUGGUCAUUUGCUUGAUGCGGUGCGCACGCGAGGAGACUGACCAGCUGCUGACCCGAUGACUGUAGAAGUGGCUCUUGUGCCUCGCUAACGCUGUGGUUCUUCGUUGUGUAAGUAACUAGAUCUAGCGUAAGUAACGAGAAUGACGCCAGAUGGAACCAGGUCCUUCGAUGCAAUGUCGUCGAGGACGGGGGUGAUGCUUAAGCAGCUGACAGAACUCUCUAAGCAGAGUGCUGCAGUUGUGACGCAGCAAACCGAACUGGAGCGCCUGAGCCAGCAAAACGACAUGUUGUACCAGAGGUAUAUCGAAGAAAAAGAACAGCGAAUUUUGCUGGAAAUAGAUCUCUUGACGUUAUGGAAAUCGAAAUUACACGCAUAUAACUCUUCUUUCUUGGAACAGAUUCCUGAUAGCUCAGGCAAGUAGAAAAAAUAGUUUUUGUAUUAGUAGUAGAAUUAGACUGCCGUAGUUGAGGAUGGCGAUGUUCAUGUAGAGUUUCAAGAAUUGGAGUGAUUUCCUUAGACUUGUGUCUUUGCCGCAGACUCGUCGAAUGUCAUAGUAAGGAUGAAGAUUAAUGAAAUCUGAAUGGCUUCGUGAUUGCGGUCGUGAAUGUACAAUUGGGUAGCGAAGGGAUUUUGAUGAAAAGAAGAACAGCCAAGUUUUGUUCCGUGCCUGGGAGUAGUCGUGGUUUCUGUGAGUCGUGCUCCAGUCUCUCUCAUUGUACCGAACGGGGAACAGUUCUUGCAAUGGCGUGGUACCGUCGCCGACUCUGCUGCGUGGAUCACCUGAUUUGCCGAAGAAUCGGAGCCGGCCACACUGGACUUCGGGUCCCGAGUCGAGUUGCCUUAGUGGUCAUGGGGAUCGUGGAGCUGCGCUUAUUACUUCGGACGAGCAUGGUGGAGACACAGGCGGUGCUGUGCAUCCUCACCAGAUGGACAGCAAUCUUCGAGUAACAUCACGUGCAGGAGUCGGUGGCCACACAUGCGGAGAAGGUUCACCGGAGGAGAGCAGCGGAGUAUCGAUGUCGACCUAUGACACCACUCGCGGCGCGAUGCCAAGUUGUAGCAGGGGACAGCACGAUCGGUUUCCGUUCCUCACACCACCGCAGGCUCUCAGUGCGAGUCACUCGCGGGACUAUUUUGUCAAACUGGCGUUAGAAACGGGCAGUGCUGAAGACAUGCAGGCUGCGCGCGAUUACGUAAAAGGCCGUACACAGAGUGAAAGACUUUCUGUAGGGCAAAGCUGCGACCUUGACGAGCAUGGAGAUUUACUGCCAGAGGCGGAUCAACGAUUCGUGCACGUGGAAACCAGUCUCCAUGCGGCUGUUUCUACACUUGUGCCCCUCUGUGCUUCUUCUAGCAGCCUAGGUGGCGGGGAGGAAAACGAGAAUCAAAUUGGAGACGUACGAGGUCACCCCGGCGACGGUCUUAAGGAGUUACACUACGAGCAACUAGAAGAAGAUUACGGGCCUAUGCGGGGUCGUGCGUCAUCACAGUUGAGCGGACACUUUACUGACGCUUCGAGCAUACGGAUGCAAUCGAAUCAUAGUGCUUGUCCGGGAGAGGUCUCACGCAGCAGCUCGGCUCGAUCACUCGGGCUUGCCCGUGAUUUUCGAGCGAAAAGCUUAUCAGGAACAUCGGCGCGCCUUCUCCAGCAGAGUAGAGGUCGCUAUCUCAAAGACGAUGGCACCAGUACAGCCGCGGUUCGAGACGAAAGUGAGAACUCGCCCCGGAGCAAGGUCGCAAAUCACCGUUUACUCGACGACGUUCAGGAAAAAGUGGCAGCAAAUAGUCGCGCGGAGCUCGCGCGGGCUGAGAUGCAGCCACCUCCGCUUUCACCGAACAUCGCUGAAACGCGAAGUAAGCCGGAUGCUGAGAACCUUGAAACUUGGAGGCCUCAUCAGAGCCUUACGCAGAAGUGGCAUUGGCAACCGCAACAAGAAGAAGAGGAGCGAAGUCGGAUACAACUAGCCGUAACAACUUCACCGUUACUGGAAAUACCUCCGGAAGCCGAGGAAGAAGACGAAGAGGUAGAUCUGGACGAGGAUAACGACGGAACGAGUACCGUUUGUCAUCGACAGUUGAUAUUACGGCCUAAGUAUUCUUGUCACAACAUACAUAGCUAAUUUUCGUUUGCUUAGCCAGUGACAAACGCAUCGCGAUCAUUGUAACACCACCACAACGACCUGCUAUCAAAACUCGAUCCUGAAAUGUCUUUAUAUUAUAUAUGUAAAUGUAUAUGGGUCGUCCUGAUCCUCCCUUUUCUAAGUUCUGCCUCGCUGGAGCUGCUCGAAAGCAGACAGCAGGUUAGGCGUAGCAACGACCGCAUAGAAGACGAAGGCGAGGACGGCGAUGGUGAGAUGUCUCUGCUUGAUCAUAGUGUUGUUUCACCAGCGAGUCUAUGUGAGGACUGCGACGAGCCACACCUUGCGAGCAGUAUCGAGGAAGCCGUUUUCGCAUUCGACCAUGUAGAGGACGUUGAGAAGUGUUUCCCCGCGAAAGCGAACGCCUUCGCGACUGAAGUUGUUGCUUCUUCGAAAUCGUCUGCCUUCGGGCUAUCUGCUGGAGUUGGUGUUGCUGCUGACGCUGUAGUCGCAACUUGUUUUGAUGCUAAUGAAGCGGAGAACUCUCUUAACAAAUACAAAGAUAAUGCGGACACAGAUCGAGCGCCGCAGCAACCUCCUCAGGGUGACUGUGCAACGAUAGAAACAAACGAAGAAUAUUUUCCUGAGAGACGGCAAGCCGGACUUCCACUAAAUGCUGUGCCAGAGGAGGAGGAGGAGGCAGCUGUUCUCAAUGAAGUGGCGGGGCUGACGUCACCAGGAGGGACUGACGUCGAGGGCUCCUUUCGUUUCGAUCCGAAUCUUCUCCUUCCUCGAGAACCGUCCGCGGCUCGCAACAUAGAUCCACCAGAAAGCGUCGAUUACGACGUGCUGGGCGAGCUGAGUGUUACCGGCGUGUCGGCGCAUGUCGAAUUUAUCGUGGAUGAUUUUCCGCCUCAUCUUGCUGACACGAAGGAAGAAAAUGUUAAAAAUGAUAUAAUACAGGAGCGGAAAAACGAUGAUCAACACUACGGGGACGCAUUUGGGGGGACGGAUGUGGAAACGGCUCACGGGAUCGGUGAAAAUACUGGUCUGAAAAAAGAGGGCGAGACCAAACAAGGUGCAAAGUCCGGUGACCUUCUCCUGCCCCGGAGUGGGGCCGCCGAAGAUGCGCCGCUUAUUUCUCCUAUAACUGGAGGACUCAGGAGCAGCUCUAGUACGCGACUGUCCGCGAUUCCGGGAUCUAGAAAAAAUGGUGCGAUGUCGCCUCUCUUCUUCUCGAAACUUGGUCGUUCCCCGCAAAAAUUCAUGCGCGCACGUAAUUCCUUCAAUGCCUCGCUACUACGAACUGAAGAAUCCGUGCGCGCGUCUUACGUCGACAGCGAGCGCAGUGUUUUAGCCAACCUGCCGUCAUCCGCGAACGCUUCGGUGCUCUCAGUAGUAGAUGAGGAACUUCCAUCACCUCACAGUCAUGAGGGGUUCAGCGAAAUGAGCACCAGGAGACUUGCGCCUUCUCGUUCUCGAGGCCUGUUGCAAGAAAGAAAUCGUCCUCCGCCAGCGCAUCGCUACAACGUUAUAGCAAAGUCCAUGGACGCGUCAUUGCUGGCGGCAUGUGCAGGGCGUUGGGGAACGGCGGAUAGUGGGAAGCGACUCGCUUCGUUGCAACAGCUCGCCGCCAGUAAUUCUGUCGACCUUGGCAGCCUCGACGCAUGCUUUCCUCGUCUGCCCGCUGGCCAUCAGGAUCAUGACAAUAGUUCGAACUUUCCGGUUCCGCCUCCGAUGCUUUUUGGUACGUCUCCCGUUCUAGGCGCGCUAGAGACGCCGUCGAAGGUCUGCGAUGUGAUUCCUUUCGAGCCUGACGCAAUCUUCGAAGAGGAGAAUGCAGCGACUUCCGGCAUGCCUCUUGCGCUUCCGGAGGAGGAAAGCGUAUUACCUGAAACACCCUACUCCGCGCAAUCUUCUGUGGUCAGAUUUCACGACGUUGAUCUCAUGAGCUACAGUGGCGGAUUUCUCCUCAAAGACGGCCGAGUGGUAGCAGAGAGCGGUGGUGCUGAAACGUCAUCGAGCCGAGCACUAGAGCCCGAGAAUGACACGAGUGAACAAAUAAAGCGGGCGGAACACACAGCAGCGCCGAGAAAGGAAGCUUGUGCAGAUGACGGGACACAAGCGGAUGCUAAUGAUCAUGACAGGAGAUUGAUUGCUGCGUCAUCGAAUUCGCCUCCUCAGGCACUCCCGGAAAUGCAGACAAACAAAAGCGAAGCGAUUUCUAGCCUAGGGGAAAGUCUUCAUCCGGUGGUAUGCUCGGAUGCGUGGAGCUCCUCAUCGCGUGAAGAGGAGGAAUGGAGUGAUGCAGUGGCUGUAGGCCGGGAGGAGGAGCGAGACGAGGGACGCGAGGACCCAAGCUACAACGAAGAUGUUUAAGGCUCGACUCCGUGACUUCUUCUGUACAACUGACUCAUUUGCCUUCCCACAAGGAAUUACUUAUUCAGAAGAGAACCCUAAAUCCAUAUGGGAGUUCUGAACAGAUCGAUGGUUGCGGGAAAUGAAAUAUGGACUUAGAGGCUCUAAAUAAAAGAGGAUGGGCAUUCUCUCGGCACUUCUCAUAAGUGCGACGUGCUGCAUGGAAAUAGUUCACCCACAGAUAUCGGGCGUGCUGGAGAUAUCGACUUCAUGACCUCAGGUGCUGAGAAGCAAAAAAUGUCGUCCGCGACAAGAGAUUCGAACGGGGCGCAGAGGGUCCACUCUACUACGAAUGGCGCAUCGCAAACGACAGACAAAUCGAAAACAUCUACUCUGAUGUCCGGCAAGGCUUCUACUCUGAUGUCUGGCAAGGAAAGAACCGCACAGGAUAUGCGGCAUGCGCUGUCCGCAGCAUCAGGGCUCGACAACAGUUUGAAGGAAGAUUUGAUGCAAUUUUUGAAGGAGUUAACAGAAGAAGAUCGAGCCGGACUGAGCCUCGAAGAGGCUGAACUCGCGGAAGAGUCACAACUUGCAGGAAAUCUAGGAACAGGAGACCCGUCGGAAAAGGACGACUCUGCCGUGCUGCGUAAUCAGGUCAUCGAUGAGGAAAACCUGCAGCAACAGAAGCAUCCACAGGAAAGAUGCCGCGAAGAGGAAGAUAGGUCCAAGAGUUCUUUCGCGGAGAGCGAAUCAGCAGAACAAUCCACGACCGCCCGAGUGUUAAGUUACACUUCGACGAAGUUUUUACAUCGCGAACCGAAGAGGAGUAUCCUUGUAUCAGUAGAGGACAUGCUGCGACAAAUGAGCCGGAAUGAAACUACGUCAAAGGUUCCACGAUUUUUUUGUUUCUUUGUGUUGGUCUUUUGGUUGCUGCAAGUAGCUAGCGGAAAUCGAAAUAAUGAAUUGGAAAUAAUGAAUUGAUGGCUUGCUAAUUUCUUAUUCUUUCGUUCACUACCGUCGGCGUGUUGUAGAGCCGUCAUGCUGACAAAGCCUAAGCUAGCAGGCGCCGGCGCUCAACUAACAAAGCCUAAAGCUAACCUACACAAACCGUCUUUACAUUGUUUGAAAUGAAUCUAUUACACCAUGCAGGAACAGACGGUUUCCGAUAGUUCGCUUAUGCAGAGCAAUGUUUCGCAUAAUAACUCCAUGCUGCGCGAUGCUGAAAAAUGGUCGGAAAUGCGGCUUGGUCGUUGUGAAGAACAUGAUCGCGACGGCGAGGAAUUGAGCAGGCUUGAGAAACACGAAAGCAUCCAGGAAAGCAUCGACGCUGGCGAACAUCAACACAACCUCCCAGAAGAAGACAAUAUUAUCGUGAGCGAACAAGAGGGGACAACGACGAGCAGUGGUCGUUACAACACUGCGAGGGAAGCAGACGAUGGAAACGAUUUUAUUGAAGACACUGGGGACGUCGAGAUGCGAGAGGUCGAGGAAGACAUGAAUGUUUGGGAGCAUGACCACGGCAAGGUAGCUGCUCCUUUUGGAGAGCAUGCCAUUACAAGUGCGUGUAGUCAAACUCGUGAAGACGGACGAGGCUUUUCUGCGGACACGCCGUUGAAAGGUGGAGGCAACAAGAAAAGAGAGUACAUUCAAACGCUCGGUGGCGACUCCGUCGACGCAUCUGGCAGCUGCGAAAAUUUGCUGUGCACGAACGACCUCGUCCUUGCGCCGAUGUCGAGUGCCGAUGAGUCUGGAUUACAGAUGCGCUACGCUUUCGCGCCCUUCGGUCGAGUAGCGGCGACAGCCUCGUCGUCACGCCCUGCAGAUCGUGGAGUAGCAAAAACCGUGUUGACACCGGUUUGGAGACAGAGGAACGCGGGGCCAACGUCUCGGAGUAAGGAGCGGGACAACGUUAAAGUCGAGAAUGAUGUCGAUGAAGACGGGCUACUACAACAAGGAAUAGAGGAGGAGGACCGCAAAUGGAAAAAGAAUCCUAAAGGGCAAGGCCAUCAUCAUGAUCCUUUCAUUGUAAGACGAGAGCAAAAUCGCCUAAAACUUUCUCCGGAUAAUAAGCUUGCAACGAUGUCGCUGCUUUGCGAAGAGGAAAGUGGUGUAGAUGUGCUGCGGUCGGGUGAUAGGUCAGCUGCGAAGGCCGAUUCGCUGCGAUCGUCUUUCACACGACUACAGGAGAGUCUCCUGGGCCCUUCACCAGCUGACUUAGCGGUCGAGAAAGUAGGACCUGAAGAAAAUGAAAUUGACUGUCAUGGGGCUGCCAGUACUUCGAAAAAGCAUGCCUCAGAUGCUGAUAGCCAUAGUACUUUGGAAAGAUAUUCGUCACGAACGUCAGCAGGCGCCGCUUCUGCAUCAGCACAUGGAGUAAUAGACUCGGGGACGGAGCGGACAAACACGUUGCCUGUUAGUUUGGACGCUUGCAGGCCGCAAAAAGCGGGGGUGGAGGACCGCAUGGUUGCAGUAACAGAUCAUGGUGAGGCUAGCCACACUCCUCCUACAGUAGGCGAAGCCCCCCUGCCAAUAAGUGCCAGCGAGCGAAGUCCUGCGAACAAGAACAGAGGUGCCGCGCGCCACCAGAAAAUGGCGUGGUUACAUCGUGACUCUCUAGUCGAGGUACCCCUCUCCGAAAUAUUGUUAGCCUCCACGCAACUGCAAGAUCGGGAUUUGAGCGGUACUUCGACCCUUAUAGCGGCGAGCACCGCGUCGAGCCGUGCUGCAGUCUCCACAGAGGUGCCGUCUCCCGAAAUGUUUGGCACAGGAGUAGACUCGCCGACGAAUCCCAGAAACAAAAACGAGGAUCACGCACCAGUCAGAGUGUUACCCACGUCGACUCUUCAGUGUCGCGAAUCUUCGGUAUACCCACUAGAGAUAGAAGAAGCAGAAUAUAGGAGAUGUACAAGAAGAGUAGACGAUGAGCCUCAUCAUCGUCGUCGUGCGGAAGCUAACAACUGUCCAAAAGAAGACGAAUGCUGCCGUGACGAGGAUGACUCGACUCACGCACGUGAUUGCGCGCGAUUCUCUUCCGGUCAUGCGAAGAAGACAUUGGAGGACGCAAUGGCUGUGGCAUCCUACGCGGAUCAGAGCUAUCCCGAGUCGUGCCCUGACUCUGACGGGAUCGGCGUGGAGGCGUCCGAUAUGUACCGAAGCGUUGAGGCCGAGAUCGGGUAGAACUUUUGAAUUCACACGCAAACUGCUCCAGCAAACGCAAAAGUGCCUAAAAAAGUUUUGAGUGAGGAUGGGACCGAGGUAGGUGAGCCAUAGUAACUUAGGGGGACUUUAAAAUUGCAACUUCUUGUACAUAGUGUAGUUCGACAGUUUCUUUCUCGCAUGAUUUUCAGGACUACGACAGAAGAGGACGACUACAUGCCGGCGGCAUUGGCUGGACGUUAUUACGAUAUGAAGGAAGACGCUGACGAGGAAGAGGAAUACGGAGAUGCAGGUCUGUGUGUUGCUCAAGGAGAGUGGGCUAGCGUGAGCUCAAUCCAAGAAAGCUGGACGACGUUGCAACAGGCACGCAUGAGCAAACCACGAAAUCCCUCAGCAUCCUUGGAAUUUUCGCGGAGCAUACUGCAACGACUCGACAAUCUUCUCGAGGGGGGAAUCAAUAUUUGAUCAUGCACUUCAUCAUCUGGACGAAGCAUCAACUGUUGUUUUGGAUGAAGAAACGAGGGAUAAAUCAGCUGCGCUUGGGGACGAAUAAUAGAGACUUAGUUCGUUGUACCAUGAGUGCACACCUAACUACUUGGUUCUGAAAAUAUUUAGACCAGAGACUCCUGACGCCUUGCUGAAAUUUUCCUUUUUUUCUAAAUUCACAAAUUAGAACGAGUUCGGGCCACUGCUGUUACACUUGAUGACCUUCAUUUUAUCGUUUUUUGUGAUGGUUUUCCAAUAUACUUAAUCAUCCAUACUGAUCUUGUUUUCAUUCAGCAUUCUAGCUGAGGACGGAAUGGUAAAACUCCUGGGGGUGAAGAUUUAUGAUUCUAGAAAUUUUUGCCAGUAUUUCGCAACUUGAGGAACACUUCAGGUUCGCGUGUUCUUUUCUUGAUUGAUGAAGACGCUGCAUGGGGAAGUUACGAUGGAUUGAUCAGUUUGCGAAGCAGAGAAAGGUAGAUCCUGAGUCGCCGACUCAUCC